CCGUCUCCAGUGUCGAGGCGGCAGGGAGCUGCCCCGACGUCGCCAGGAGAUGAAGACGUUAUCGUCACUGAGCCGCUCGUCGCUGAGCUGCAGGCUGUCCGUCCCGCUCGUCCGCGCCACGAUGCACCCUCGCCUCUGUCCCCGUGUAGAACCGUUCGUUGCCGCUAGAGGCAACAGGGCCAUCCACAUCCUCCUCAUCCUGGCCAUCCACAUGCUCCCCUCCACCACCGUCUGUCGCUACUGCUUCAACGCCAUGGGUAGUAUCAGUGCCGCCUGGGGGACCCACAGGGAUUGGUGUCUCCCCUGUCUGUCUGCCUGGGGUCUCUCCGAGUGUGACAGGUCUGCCAGCUUGAGACCCCCUGUGAGUGCGGUGCCCCCUCCCAGUCUGCGUUGGCGUGUCGGGUGAGGGCCGCAUGAAUGGGGUGGCCGUGGGCGGCUGGGGGAAAUGAUCCUCGUGAUACGUCGACUCGGCAGGCCGAGGGAGGCCCCAGUCGUUAUCUGCAUGCAGCAAAAGGACGGCCGGCGAUGGAGAGCAGCACACCUAGAGAAGCACACGAGGCAGGUAGGUCAGGGAACAUGUUGUGUUGUACGAGUGUGUGUGUGUGUGUGUGUCUGGUUUGGUGGCUUGGGUUGCUCACCCUUUGAGUGACCUUCCGGCCCGUUCAUGCCGUCGUCGUCCUUGUCGAUGACGUCAUUCUCAUUGCAGUCGUAUCAUGUGAUGGAGAGGCCGAGCGAGAGGGGGAUGGAGAGCAUGGUGUUCGCGGGGGACACCUGUGGGUGAAGUUGGCUGGCAUCGGGAAGAACUCCACGCCGAAGGCCGCCUUGCCCUUGACGGCGGUGCCGAUCUUGAGGCGGAAGAGGUCAGGGAAUGGCGGGCCGAAGUGGAUGUAUGCGCGGCUGUGUGGGGGCGAGAGAGGGGACGUGUCGAGGUCCUCGACGCGCUCCAGCUCAAACAGGUCGUUGUAGCGGUACAAAAGCUCACUCCGCUGCUUCAUCAUCCCUGACAUGCACACAAGGGAGAGCGCCCUCGGUGCGUAUCUUCUGGUCUGGGUCAUUCGUCCCUCCUCACCUUCAUAUGGUGGUGUCCAUCGGUGGAGCAGUGGGCUGAGGGAGUAGCCCACCUUGAGGCUCCACUCGUUAUCCACCAAGCGAUCGUAGCAUUGCACCUGGCACCGCCGGCCGCCAACACUCACCGACACCUCCUUGGCACCCUCACUCACCAGCCGGGCACGGCCCCAGAAGUUCAGAGGAAAACCCGCCCUCGCGCCCCCGUCCGACUCCUUGUCACCCAGCUCGCUCGUCAGGCCACCAAACGGGUUGGUCAUGUCGCCCAGAGUGACGGGAUGGCUCUCGUUGACCACUAACUCGAUCAGGUCGCCACCUCCCAUGAGCACCUCAUACAGCUGCUGGCCAGACUGGGUGGCACGGUGCAGCGCCAGUGCCGCCUGCCGGAAGGGCUCCAGCUCCUCACGCAGCUCAGACAGGGCCGCCCUCAUGCUCGUCACAGACGCCUCAGAUAGUUCGUUCUCUGGAUGAGCGGCCGAGAGCAAGCUGGCGAGCGGAAUACUGGUCUGGUGGGUGGCCUCGGUAGUGGUGAGGGCUUCACGUGGAUGUCGAUGGGGUACGCACUUGGGCGUGGGGCAGGGGGUCGUUCGGGUCCACAAGAAGAACCGGCUGGAGGGGCUGAGGCUGGUGAAGCUGAUGUUGCUGCUGCUGCUGUG